GUCAUUAAUUGUAUAUUAUACUUCGUAUAUACUAAGUAUAUCAGUAUUCUGGUAUCAUGAGCAGUAUUAUCGUAGUUAAUUGCUAUGCAUUAUCGUAAUUAAUUAGCAUUAGUGUGAGUGACCAAGAUAUGUAUUGACGCGGAGACUGAGCUCUUUAGACGAAUAAAACAGUAGCCGGAGGUUAGUGCUGGAGUAUGAAAAUCUUAACAGUGAUAUUUAAGUAGGUCAAGUUCAAAAUACCUUGAGAAUUCAAUCAAUAUUGAGAUGAUAGAGGCAGGUGAAUCCUACAGCAGUGAUCGCUGAACUCAUAUUACCCCCGGGAUUCAACCGCGCGAUCCGCCUGAAACACAUGGCCAACACAGGGUAAUAAUCAUGCACGUUAAAUGUGCAUGUAUAAAAUUCACGGUUUAUCCAUACUCUUCUCGAUUACUGGAUAAUUCCUAGAUGUUAAUCUGAAUUGAAGGUGGGUUGAAAACAGACUUUCGUAUUUAUUGGAAAGUAAGCAGGUGUAGAAAAAAAUGUGGUGAAUUUACUUGGAUUAAGCUAAAACAUUGUGUGAGUUCUGCCGAAUGUCUUUCGAUAAAUGAGUGAGCGGAAUUGUGGUGCAUUCAUUGGAUAGCACGUGCGGAGUGCGGUGCUGACUCGUGCAUAUGACCGUGGAAGCGAUAAGCGUGGCUAUCAACAACAACCAUCUUUGUUAUCUGAAAUAAAGACAAUAUUUCGAGAAAAAUAUUGAAAAAGUCUUCGCCCAGCAACCACAAGCAACGUUAGAUAGCCCAUCCAUCGUAUAGUGAGCGGACUUUUAUCUUCAUCUUAAACGCAUAAGGAUCGGGACUUCGCUGUCGGCAUUUUUUGUCCGCAAGUACCUUCAUCAUUCGUAGAGACCAGUCUUUAUCAGCAUACGGCGUUCACCUUCAAAUAUCUUCACUCGAUCUAGAACGAUGCUGGUAUGCCUGCUGUUGUUGGCGAGCCUGCUUGGCAGCGACGCGACCCUGAGCUUCGACCACCAUGACAACGCGGCCCUGGAAGCGUACCUCGUCUCCGUGAACCAGACCUACCCCGACAUUACAAAUCUGUAUCAAAUAGGGACAACUGGAAAUGGGAAGCCCCUGUGGGUUCUGGCUAUUGGAAACUCCACGGAGAGCACGGAUCUCCGUCCGCACGUGAAAUACAUCGGGAACAUGCAUGGCAACGAGGUUGUCAGUCGGGAGGUUUUACUCCACCUGAUAGAGCUGUUUGUGACGUCAUAUGGCCAAAACGCGACGCUGACGAGGUUCCUCAACACGACCACCGUCCACAUCAUGCCGACAAUGAACCCAGACGGCUACUCGAAUGGUAUCGUCGGGAAGUGUUUGGGAUACGACGGCAGGGGGAACAAGAACAACGUGGAUCUAAACCGAAACUUCCCUGACCUCAUCUUCGACAAGUCCGUGAAACCUGUACAAAUAGAAACACAGGCGGUCAUGGAUUGGCUGCCAGAACACUCCUUCGUCCUGUCCGCUAACCUACACGGUGGAGCCAUGGUCGCCAACUACCCUUGGGAUCUCUACCUCGAAAGCAGUGAUACGCCUCCGGGAUCGGGUAUUUCUCCGUGUCCGGAUGACGACACUUUCCGCUUCCUGUCGCUCACGUACGCCCGUUCGCACAAUACAAUGGCGGCCCUUAACGGCACGGAGUGUACGGGGGACUUCUUCCAGGACGGCGUAACGAACGGCGCGGACUGGUACCCUAUUGCAGGAGGUAUGCAAGACUACAACUAUAUAAAGGAGGGGAUUUUCGAGAUCACGCUUGAGGUCGCGUGCUGCAAAUUCCCCCAGGCGGACACACUUCCGGGUUUCUGGACCGCCAACAAGGACGCCCUCGUCAACUACCUCCUCGAGGCACAUAAAGGUGUGAAGGGCUACAUAUUGGACGAAAAUAACAAUGCUAUUGACGGGGCGGAGUUGACCAUCUCAGGCCGAGAAGGUGUGCCCUUCAUGUCAAAACAUGGCGGACAGUACUUCCGUCUUUUGAUGCCUGGAUCAUACACGUUGAAUGUCCAUUAUAACAACACCACGACAAGCAAAGCCUUCAAAGUAAUAGAUGGAUCUGUGACUCGACUUGACGUAAAGAUAAACCAUGGAUCGACCGGAAGCGGAAAUUCUCUCCAGGCGUCUGUAGCAGCGUUCCUUUUUGCUGUGUUCGCCAAUAUAUCCACGCUAUUGGACUAGUUGUCAAAACGAACUGUGAUCAACUGUUUGUCAUCUACAAUGUUAUACCGUAUUAAAGGAGCUGAAUAUAGAUUCAACCAAAGAAAAGCACAUCAUUUGUGUACAGAUAAAAGUUUAAGCGAUAUUUUUGCGCAUUUUAAAAGGGUGGAUUUGUGGUCACGUAGCUAUUAAUUAAAUAUAUACAUAUUAUUAAAGCUAAUACUUUUUUAAUCAGAACACAAUCAUAUCAUUUUGUUUUGCUUUGAUCAUUUAAGUUAAAUUCGUUAAACAUAACAAUGUUUUAAUAUUAAAAAAAAAAACAUUUAUUUUUUCAUCAACCUAUCUCAGACAGAUGUUAUACAGGUAUUCAUAUUAAAGGUAUAUGAGAGAUUGCGAAAUACUACUCGUACGUUUAAUGGAGUAAAUGCAUGCCUGCUUUAACAUACAGUGUUAACGCAAAAAGCAGAAGCAAAGAAGCAUAUCUGCUAAAGCACGUUUGUUGAAGUCUGAGGCUUGUAACGUUACGUCAAUUAACCGCGUUUGCUUACGCAACGUCACUUGUAACUUUAAACAUUGCUAAAUGUGAGCUUUGUUUUAUGACCGUAUUGAACAGUUAUUGCUGUCUCGUCAAUUUGGAGGAAUAACCUUUUAAUGUUACUUUUACCUUACCCUGAAUUGUUAUGCUUCGAGCAUUUGAAACGGUAUUUUUUUAACAUUUGUGCUAUAAGAACAGACUCUUAAAUAUAUGUAGUGAAUUGUAA